AUGGGCGACAAAAAACGCAAGCGCGACGAGGCCGCCGCGGCCGCCGACCAAAAACCCAAACGAGUCAAGAACACGGCCAAGUACGAGCCCAAGGGCAACAAGGCGCGCAAGAAGGCUGCUGCUGCUGCGGGCAAAGGAGGUGCAGGACAAGGCGCGAAUGCUAUUCCUGUCAAAGCGAGGGAAAACAUUCCUGCAGAAGGAGAGGACAACAAAAAAGAAAAUGAAGAGCCGAAAGAUUUCUUCAUGAUUGAUACUACGCCAAUGGAUCAGGCGGAGGUGGAGGAGAAGCUCAAGUCGAAAAACGAUAAGAAGAAGGAGAGGGUAGCCAAGAAGCAGGAAGAAAAGGACGAAAAUGGCGAGGCAACCAAUGGAGAUGCCACUCCCGCGGUGCAACAGGGUAAAAAAGUCGGUCGCAAGACCCGGUUACAAUUACCUCCCAAGAAGGAGAGGCGAGAGGCUAAGCUGGCCAGACAAGCGGCUAGAAAGGCCGAUAAGAAGGAGAAGAAACAACUGAAGCAUGAGCAGAAUCAGAAGAAGGGAAAGAAGGGAAAUAAGGAGGAAGAAAAUGAGGAAUCCUCUUCAGACUCUUCUUCAGACUCCUCAUCCGACUCGUCGUCCGACUCUGACUCCGACUCCGACUCUGAGACUGAAAAGACUCCCAAGAAGACUCCCAAGGCCAAGGGAGCUUCCAAAGCCAAAGACACCACUGAAGCUGCUCCGACUGAAGACCAACCCACCGAGACAGGCAAAGCAGCCCGCUUCAUCGUCUUUGUCGGAAACCUUCCCUUCACCGCCAACAUCGAAUCCGUCACCGCCCACUUCUCCAAAAUCAAUCCAGUCUCGGUGCGCAUCGCAACCGACAAGAAGAAAACCACUGAAUGCCGUGGCUUUGGCUUUGUCGAGUUUGAGCAGUAUGACCGUAUGCAGACGUGUUUGAAGCUGUACCACCAUUCGUCCUUUGACGAUGGUAAGAGUCCGGCCAGGAAGAUUAAUGUUGAACUCACUGCCGGCGGCGGCGGAAAAUCCAGCACGCGCAAGAACAAAAUCAAAGAGAAAAACGAAAAACUAACAGAAGAGCGCGCCAAGAUUGCCAAAGAAAACGGCAAGAAGAAGCAGCCGCAAAAUGGAAAGGCGAAUGAGGCCAAGGAGGGCAAGCAGGGGGGCGAGGAGCUUUCUGGUAUCCAUCCGAGCCGGUUGAACAAUAUGGCAUAA